AUGUCUAACAUAAAAAACACUGACAAGAUAGUUCGAUCAACAUACACGAAAUCCGGAACACUCGUAAAAGAAUUCACACACAUUUUACCUUCAUCUCCAGAGACUACAACUACAGAAAACAAUCAAAGUAAAGAUCAACUCAAAUCGCUUUCUAACACUUUACUCAUAUUACAAGAAGAGAUUAACACAUAUUUGACAGAUGAGAUGAAAGCUAUUAUUAGUGGUGAGGCUGGUGAUGUUUAG